UUCACGGAUACGCUCAGUUAUGCCCCGUCUACCGGGCCAUCGAUAUCUGGGACCGGGAAACGCAGUCAGAAACGGUCCGCCGGUGGAUACGGACGACGCGAUAGCAAGAAAGCACGAUCUACUGUACGAGAUACAGCCAGAGAACGUUAGCGCGGCUGAUAGCGUGGCAGUGGAUGAGUUUAUAGAAGAUUUUCAACGUUCGGGUAAUUUUCACAGUUUAAUCGGUGGUGUUGGUUUACAAGUUAAACGUUCCUUUGAAAAUAUAUAUGGGCAACAGUAUCCUAUGCAUCGAUCGCACGGUGGUAGAGAUGAUUAUACAUAUGCUAUAAGGGAAUUAAGUAAAUUGUGGAAAGAGAACGGUAAAUCGGGUACCUGGGCUGAUUUUCAAAAGUUACAUUUCGGUGGGUUGAUGCGAGAAGCGCAUCAAAAACGUAAAGGGGCACCAUUAGAUGGAGCUGAAGGAUCCAAUAAACGGCACAACGACGGAAGAGACAGUCCUGUGGCAGGUCCUUCGAUCGAACGUCCUUCUACAUCGGGAGGUGACACGGCACCACGAGACAGCGAGAUACCAGACGACGGUUACGAUAUGGCUCUGCGCGACUUUGAUCUUUCUCAAUUUGGUGACGGUAAUGUGGAAAGUAUGGAAGCGAUCGCCAAUCCGGCGAAAGGCGGUGGCAUUUCUGGACAUUCGCACAAGGGAUCCGGAGGAUCUGGAGGACCAAUAAUGUUACUGAAGACUCCUAGAACUCCAUAUUAUGUUAAAACUUAUAGAAAAAAAUGGAUAUUUUUUAGUUAUGGAUACGCUCAUACAUUAAUAAACAAAAUAAUAAUUAUCAUUACACUACUCCGUUAAUGUUGAUUCCUGUAGAUUUAUUACCAAUGUAUAUCGAUACCGCGGAAUUUGGUACAUUAAUGGGAAAAGCAGUUGUUGUCAAUACAAAAUGUCGUGUAUCACCAUGGGGAUGUAGAAUGAAUUUUCAAACGGGAACAACGGAAUCGAAAUGGGCUACUAGUGAAUUCGUAGCUAUUGGUCAAUCCGCGAUUGGUUUAAAUUUACAAAUGCCAAUAGAAAAUCUCAUGUAUACACCUAGUUCUAACCAACAAAUGAUAGUACAGGCCGCAAAGGCAAUAGAUAUAAAACUUAUUCAAGAGAAAUUAUAUGGCGAUCAGAAUGGACGAGGAGCUGUUCAAAUGGUACCGCGACAUUUAAAUAUUUACGCAACGCCAAUUAUCGCACCAACAAGCGCCGAUGCUAAUGCGACUCUCGGAGCGAAUCAAUUCAUACAUAAUAAUGGGGGACCAAAAUUAGAUAAUUAUGUAAAUAGAUAUCUCAUUAAUACUUGUAUUGGAGAACCGAUUGUAAACUAUGAAUAUUCACCUAGAAACGGUAUUAUCGUCGAUACAUAUAUCACGGACGCCAUUAACUAUGACCAUAAAUAUAGAACCUGUCCGCAUGGAGUCAACCAAGGUGAAAGCUGUUCCUAACAACGAUACUCCACCAGCUCCGCAAGAGGGAGCAAUUGCGCUUGAAAGUUUCAACGAGAAUAAUAUAGAUAGUUGGUCGAACAUUACGUCCUCCAGUUUCAUGCAAACCAUCGAACAUUAUGCGACAUACGAUUGGCAAAAAGGUCAUAUUCGUAGUAACGCGCAACCACAAGUACAUGUUGGCUUAACAGCCGUACCAGCGAUCAAUCCUGGAAGCGAGACGGUCAAUUUCCAGAAUUCCGCAGUGUAUUGGGCAGUCGAGACAGAGUGUACCGUCCACCAUUAUCAGAACUCCGCAUUCCACUUCGGGAGUUUACACACCUACGCUCCUACAUACUAUCCUCCUAAUUACAUUAAAUCUUAUCACAACGGUCUCUCUUACAAUCACUGUCCUAACUUACACGCAAAGAGCAGAGUAACCAGUAAUGUAUCGUCCGUCGAUAAUACAACGACUAAUAUGGAUUAUGAUUUACUCCAUGAUGUUGAUGCUGCUUCAUCACGCAGUAGUGGUUCGAUCGUCGAAGAUUCCACGGCGUUUAAGAGACCUCACGGAAUCAGACAUUCCACAUUUGACGUUUAACGUUGCUGAACGAAUAAUAUUAUACGCUACUUGUAUUUGUUACAGAGAAUUCUGACGAAAGCGAACCGGCUUUGCAGUGUUGGCCAUAUGGAGAAUCGUACAACGAAACGCGAAGUGAAAGGAAACCAAGGUCAGCGUCCGGUGGCAGUGGUAAAACCCGUUCCGAAAGAGUCGACGAGUAUAACGAACACAAUAAUGACGAUGGGUCCUGGGCGAUCUUCCAGCGGGAGUUCACAAGUACUGUUGCUACGACAACCAAACGGAAACGAACAAAAUUAACAUACAAUACGACAUGCGAAUACGUGAAAUUUACAUUGCACGGAUCGUUGGAAAACGGAAUGCAUUUGUAUACUAAUCGUACUAUACCUGGAAAUAAAUUAAAUACUUGCGUAGAUAAGAAUUAUAUGGUUAUAAAAUCACAAUUUGGUUUUUACAAUAAAGUACUUUAUUGUUGUAUGUGAUUAUGAAAGUACAUCCGUACAAAAAAUAUAUUUAUCUGUAUCUGUAAAAUC